CUGGACCACGAACGUGCAUACGUUUUGGCGAAUUAGCUGCUUUAUGUUAACGUAAUGGCGCAGAUGUAUUAAGGUUUUUCAUUAAGUCGACUGAACUUCAAUACUGGGCCUAACGAGUGGUUUAUCUAAAAUGUCUCGAAGAAUAAAAUCUGCUAAUAAAAAAGCGAAGGAGUCUGAGUACAAUCCUAUGAUGGAGGAGAUGGUUGAUAAUGACGCUCUCCGCCAGAUUUAUCUGAAGGCGGCUGGAAGUGGUAAUUUGGAGGCGGUGGGAUUUGCACUAGCUCAUGCAGGCGACUUUGAUAUAAACUGCACGGACACUGAUGGCAAAUCAGCGCUAGCCAUAGCCAUCAAGUGCAACAAUAUAGAGGUAGUAAAACUGCUUCUGCAACACAAUGUGAACGUAGGUGACGCACUUCUGCGAGCUGUCGAUAUGCAAAAUGUCAAGGUUGUCGAGAUUUUACUGGAAUAUGCUCGCUCACCACAGGGAAUGACACAGAGCAUGAUAGGUUCGAACGCAGACAAUGAGGAUUUCCAUCCCAGUAUAACGCCAAUAAUUCUGGCUGCACACACAAAUAAUCAUGAUAUUAUUAAAAUGCUUUUGCAACACAAAGCCACCAUAUCAGACCCAUGGAAGAAUCUUAAGAAAGAUCGACAGAAACAUUCAGUGCAGUAUUCGCUAGGCCUGCUUAACAUUUACAAAGCGCUAAGCAGUGAGUUCUACAUCUCGUUAACCAGCGAGGAUCCUAUCGACAAGUCAUUUGAGCUGUACAAGAAACUUAAACUUUUGGCACGAAUGGAAUAUGAGCACAAAUCGGAAUAUGAAACACUAGCCGAACAGGUUGAGUUAUACGCAGCUGAGCUUCUGGGACAGACGAGAAACAGAAAAGAGCUGACAACCGUGCUGACCCAUGACAGUGCCGAGUGGAACAAAUGCCCUGAAGUUAUUGAACUGAAACAACCACUCAAAGUCCUUAAAGCUGUGACGUACUACCAGAAGCGAUUCGUAGCUCAUCCACACUGUCAAAUCCUAUUGACUGACAGAUGGUACAAGGGCCUGUCAGCUGAGUGGCGAGCGAACCGGUCAUUUAAAGGCAUCCUGCUUACUGCGAUCACAUGCAUAUUGUGGCCGUUGUGGUCACUGUUUUACCUAGCUGCACCGUUAGGUAGAAUCUCUACUCUUAUGCGAACUCCGUAUAUCAAGUUUCUUAUGCACACGUCGUCGUAUGUUACAUUCUUGGUUUUGCUUGGUUGCGCCACCAGCGAUGUCCAAGCGUUUCAAUUUCCGAACAUCACCAGUAAUGAGGGUUGUACCUCUACUCAAAAACUAACAGAGCAAGAGCACGCUCUACGCGUAAGAGGACGCAAACCAACGAUUAUACAAGUGUUUAUCAUGAGUUGGAUUAUCGGUAUGACCUGGCGUGAAGUCAAAGAGUUAUACAGAAAUGGCAUCAAAACGUAUGUAAAAGAUAUGUGGAAUUUUAUCGACCUGUUUCAAAUGAUUUUAUACUGGUGUUGGAUAGCCCUCAAGUUUGUGUCAAUCAGAAAGGCAUCGGGAACCGAUGAGAAUUUACAUCGAAGUCAGUGGCCAGUUUACGAUCCAAAUAUCGUGGCUGAGGCCAUGUUUGCUGUAGCGAAUAUAUUUAGCUUCUGCAGGUCGCUGCGGCUCAUCGUGAUCAGUGAUCAGGUCGGACCGCUUCAAAUAUCAUUAGGAGGCAUGAUCGAUGACAUUGCACGAUUUCUGUUCAUAUUCACCUUGGUGUGGGUUGCGUUUGCACUUGGUUUGACGCAGCUCUACUGGCCAUAUUCACCAGAAGAAAUAUUGGAAUGCAUAGCUACUGGGAAAAUGGACACAGACGAUUGCAAAGAGAUGCCGUUUGGAAUGUUUAGUCACUCUAUGGAAACGCUUUUUUGGGCGUUAUUCGGACUGGAAGAUUUAAGUGUUUUGCAGAGCGGCUCGACGCAUAUCUUCACAGAGGGUGUAGGUCGCAUCAUCUUUGCCCUGUAUUACGUCUGUGCAGUUGUUAUCUUGCUGAAUGUGCUUAUCGCUAUGAUGAGUAGUACAUUUAGUAGAGUAGAGGCUGAGGCUGACAUCGAAUGGAAGUUUAGUCGUGCAGAGAUGUGGAUGAGCUACUUCGAUGAUGCAGCUACUGUUCCCGUGCCCUUUAACCUAGUCCCAUCGCCGAAGAGUAUUUGGCACGUCAUCAGGACAAUAAUGCGUUGUUUCUGUUACAAGGAUGCUGCUAAAAAAUCUAAACAGAAACAUUUCCAGAAAGUGGUCGAAAAAGAAAAACUAUAUGAGGAAACUGUUCAACUCUUGGUUGCCCGUUAUAUUGCCGACAAAAAGUCAGAUGCGUACGAUACAGAGGGCGCUGUGACACAAUUGGACAUCAUAGCUGUGCGUCAAGAUAUUUCCGGAGUAAAAAACGAACUCUCGGAAUUUUUGCGGAAAAUGGAAGGAACAUUGAAACAGUGUGCUGACCAAAUACACAAGGUAUCAAAACGUGUCAACACGAUAGAACGAGUUUUAAAGAACGAGGACCCAGAAUCGGAAACAGAAAGCACAUUCUCUACAAUGGACAGAAGAGGAACCAGCAGUUUGUUCUCCAGCUCAAAGGGUUUCUUAUCCGCAGGUGGAAUGUUUGGUUCACUAUUCAGCAAUAAAAAUACGAAUGAACUUUCACUUACUGUUCCAGCGCCCUCGCAUGGUACAAAUUCGACAGUAGUCGCAGACGAUGAUCUCUCUACGCGUAGUGAAAUUGAAAGCAAUGUAGGUGCUUCGCGUCUGGCUGCGAAUUCAUAUGAAUUGGUCUCCACCGAUGAUUCAGGCAGCUCUGAUGAAGAAGAUGUAGGCAUUGACAACCAUGGAUACACUUUCGAUCCCUCGUACGAACAAAAAUCUGAUUUUGAAUUUGUUGAAAGAGCGGCAUCGACGGUAGCGAGUGACGCACCAUUAGAACACCCAAAAGGAGAUUCCGAUGACAAACCCGCAUCCCCUACAAUCAUUGGAUCUGUUGUUUCGUUUUUCAAAAAACUUUAGGUAUAACGAGUAUGGAUGUGUACAAGUUGUCAAUAACUGUUGACGAAAUUCGAACCUCACAAAAUAAUAUUUGCACUUAUUUUUCUAUUUUAAAACAGGGUAAAAAGCGUAGUACUGAAUGAAUCCUAGUUCAUUAAUAUGAGACAGAACUAUUUAGUUUUAGUUGUUUCCGCCAUGAAAUAUUAAUUUAUUAAUAAUAAACAGUUGUAUCUUUAAAAAUUUACACUGACCUUAUGGAUAUAUGUCAGUCAGUGGCAUAGCCGCAUAUCUAGGGUAUUGAAAUGGGGAGGUUGAUCUGGUGGGGCUCGACGAUAAAGUGAGAGCCCUUGCUGAAAAAUCAAUGUGGUAUGAAGUGAUUUCUAACUACUUGAGCGAAUUUUUCAAGUGGUGGGCGACUGCUCAGGAAUGCUUGGUUUUUUUUUUUUUUC